AGACAUUUGAAUUACAUCACCUUUCAUUCAAAAUAAAUCAAAACAUUCCUACACGGUGCUGGUCGUAUUUUUCCGGUUUAGACGAAAUCAAAAUCCAAAUUCAUUCCGUUUAUUACCGGGUUCCAAAUGCCAAGUGUUGAAACUCCCCAGUCCUCAGCGAAAGAAACAGCUCCUUGUCGGACGUGUAUCGAUUUCAAAUCAUGGUCCAAGCAACAACGGAAAGCAUUAUCCACGACAUCGAAACCAUCAGAUGUAACCCAAACCACCAACUCCAAAGCACAAUCCUCCGAUACCUCAAAAAACGAAUCCCCAGCGCACUGCCCAUUAGAUAAGGAACGAUUGGGCCGCUACACCUGGGGUUUAUUGCACACGAUGGCAGCCUAUUUCCCAGAUAAUCCAACCAUAGAGGAACAAAGCAACGUGAGGCAUUUUUUCAACGCGUUUGCCAAAGUCUACCCGUGCGAAUACUGCGCGAAAGAUUUUCAAAAUGAAUUGAAAGAUUCACCGCCAGAGACGAAAUCCCAGCAUACGCUUUCACAAUGGCUUUGUAGGAUACAUAAUAAAGUGAACCGUAAGCUUGGCAAGCCAGAGUUUGACUGCACGAAUGUUAAUGAACGUUGGCGUGAUGGUCCCGCGGAUGGAUCUUGUGAUUAGAACUGCGAGGCGAGGAUCUAGUUUGUGUGAUAAUGUAAAUAAAGCGACGGAGCAUAAAUUCACGUUUGUUUGAUUCAAUAACAAUAUAUUUGAAUAACAAGUUAUUAAAUAUUUUCUGCUAUUCUA